AUGAUAGGUAUGGAAUGUUUUAAAGAUAAAAUUCAAUGGACAAAGGGUCCAACGCAAUUGCAACAGAUUUGCAAUAAUUCAAAGUUAAAUAACUCAGCAUUUGCAAGUGGACAAUAUUGUCGAAAUAAUUUUAAUGAUUAUUUUUCAGCAUUAAUUGUUUUAUUUGAAUUAACCGUUGUUAAUCAAUGGCAUGUAAUUGCAUCUGGUUUUGUAUUGGUAACAAGUAAAGCUUCACGAUUAUUUUUCAUGGCAUUCCAUAUUAGUGCCGUAAUUGUUGUAUUAAACAUUUUUACGGCUUUUGUAUUAGACUCAUUUCUGACACAGUAUGUUUUAUCGAGAAAUAAACAAUUUCCAUGGACACAACAAGAACAAAUUAUUAGUGAUAGAUUAAAAAAAGAGAAUUAUGUUGUCAUAAGAAGAUAUGGUGACAAUAAAACGCAAUUAAAUAGUAAUGAAAAAUUUAAUUUGAUUCAAACAUUAAAAAGCUGUAUUCGUCCAAUCGAUUAUCGACAACAAUCAAAUGAACCACUGGAUAGUGCCGAGGAUAAAGUAUUACUCGUCAGAUGGACAGGUAAUGUUGACAUUGAUCCAUCAAUCGUUCAUUUAACACAAGAUCAAGAACCGAACUUGACAGAAAAUAGCAAUACUCCAUUUUAUGAAAAUACAACAUAA